AUGCGAACCGAUUCACCUCUCGGGAGGAGUGCGAAAACGUCUGUGUUCGUCAACCUGAACCACACUCGGAUGCUGGCUCGUCUGGAGCUACCUCCAUUUGUGAUGAGGCUAAGGAAACUGGUCCAUGUACUAAUUUCGCUACCAAGUGGUACUACAACAAGGCCGAUGGCACCUGCAAUCGAUUCCAUUAUGGUGGUUGUGAGGGAACAAGAAAUCGGUUCGAUAACGAGCAAAGUUGCAAGGCAGCUUGUGCAAACCAUCAAGAUGCCUGCACUCUCCCCAAAGUGCAAGGACCAUGCUCAGGAAAGCACGAAUACUAUUACUUCAACACUGGGUCACAAUCCUGUGAGAAGUUCACUUACGGUGGCUGUCUGGGCAACACAAAUCGCUUCACGACGUUGGAGGAAUGCCAAUCGCGUUGUCAGCGUAAGUAAUUAG